AUGGAUUUAACAUUUAUGCGACCUGUGCAACCCCACGUCUUCAAAGCAAUAAAAGAUAUUGAUAUAGAAACGCUUAUGUCAUGUCCUCCUGAAGAAAUAAGACCUGUUAUACCAUGUCUAGUUCGAAUGGCAUUGAUAACUCCAUUGGAUACAACCAAUUACUGUGCUGAAAACAAGAAAGAUGUCCUAACAUUACUAGCUGGAAUCGACCUGGUCAACUUUAUAGUGUCGCUUUUAUCAAUAGAGUUUCAUGCUUUGGAAGUAGAUCUGAAGAAAGAGCAACAAAUGAGACAAAAAAGCGGCUCGCAAUGCACUGAAUCCUUUUUGGUCCAGAGUAUAGUCAAUGGUAUUGCAAGUGACUUCGAACAAUCAGAUUCAACUCGACGUGUGAGGCUGGUACUCUCUGAAAUCUUGCAGAUGCAAGCACAACUGUCAGAAUUUAAUCAAAACAGGAGUUCCAAUUCUGAUAGUGGCAUCAAACCGUCAGAGCUGUUUGAUAAUGACAUCUAUUUGGAAGAAAUUACAGAUGUGAUUUGUAUAAGUCUUGCAGAACUUUCGAAUUUACUCAAUAUUUGUGAUGUUGUUGAAGUACUUCUUCAUGUCAAUAAAGGACCAACUAUAAUAUCUUGGGUGGUGGCCAAUAUGCCAGAUAUGUUACAAGAAGUGGCAGAAUCAUUGGUUUUGAAUUCUGAGAGGGGUGAAGAAGGAGGAGUGAGAGCUAAAGCUCUUAUGUCUCUAUGUGAUGCUUGUCCAUACAUAGCAGCUUAUGUGCGAUCAAAAGCUGCAUUUGCUUCCCGCUUGCCAUCCUUGAUCAUCACUCUUACUCUGACUCAUCACCAGGAUGACUUGGUGUCAUUCAUGUCUGGUCUUUUACUGGGUUCUGACCAGACAACCAGAGCCUGGUUUGCAACAUUCUUGAGAAAUUCACAUAAAAGAGGAAAAGGAGAUGGUCAUUUGGCUUUAACAAAAUUACGCCAAGAUCUGCUGAACAGACUGAAAAAUGCCACAGCAGGAGUAGAGGCCUCUGCAUUGUUGCGACUUUACUGUGCUCUCAGAGGCAUUGCUGGUAUAAAAUUCCAAGAUGAUGAAGUAGCAGGACUAUUGAGACUAGUGACACAAAAACCUCCACCAACUCCAGCUGGUGUCCGUUUUGUGUCAUUGAGUUUGUGUAUGCUUUUAGCCUGUCCAUCCCUAAUGUCUGCUCCUGAACAUGAGAAGAAGGCAAUAGAAUGGGUGCAGUGGUUGGUUAAAGAGGAAGCUUAUUUUGAAAGUAAUUCGGAAGUGACAGCGUCAUUCGGAGAGAUGCUGCUGCUGAUAGCGAUCCACUUCCACUCGGGGCAGCUGCCGGCGGUGGGCGAGCUGGUGUGCGCCACGCUCGGCAUGCGCGUGCCCGUGCGCCCCAACGGGCUCACCAGGAUCAAGCAGGCCUUCACGCAGGAGAUCUUCACUGAACAGGUGGUAACAGCUCAUGCAGUAAAGGUCCCAGUCACAGCAAAUCUCAACAGCAACAUACCUGGAUACCUUCCAGUUCACUGUAUCCACCAGUUGCUCAAGUCAAGAGCAUUCUCGAAACAUAAAGUCACCAUAAAAACAUGGAUUUAUCGACAGAUCUGCAACUGUAUAGCACCUCUGCAUCCUGUUAUGCCUGCUCUUGUUGAAGUCUAUGUGAACUCCAUUCUUAUUAUCAAUAACAAAGGCACCAACGAAUAUGUUAACAAACCAAUAACUGAAGAAGAAAUCAGGAAAGUUUUCAGGAAUUCUAUAUUUGGUGCCAAUUUCGAUGAUCAGAAUAAACCUGUAAACCCAAUGGAAAUUGAAAAUGGUGAAACACCGAUUGAUAUUGACAUAGAGAAACCCACAUUAGCCUCUCAACUUUUACUCAUCUAUUACCUCCUCUUAUACGAAGAUGUCAGACUAGCGAAUGCCGCAACCCUUAUCGCUAAUGGAAGAAAAGUUAAAAGUUACUCUGCUGCGUUUUUAUCUGAACUUCCAAUAAAAUAUCUGUUACAUCAAGCCCAAAAAGAUCAGUUGAGUUAUGGGUGCCUUUUCAGUCCUCUGCUCCGUCUGUUAGCGACACAUUUCCCUCAGCUAUCUCUCGUAGACGAUUGGAUGGAUGACCAAGUAUUCGGAUCCUGCCGCCUUCAAGUUGAUAUCAAUCUGACAGAAACCGCUAUCAACGAAGCUUUCAACAGCAUCGACGAAAACCCGUAUAAGACUGGUAAAAUUUUGAAGGCUAUGCUUAGUAAAAAUCCAACCGACAUAUGGCCAUUUGCCGAAGUAUUCGUGAAAUAUUUCAAAAGUGUAUUGGGAGACAAAGUACCGCGACAUAUCCAGGAGCUUUAUCGUGAAGUUUGGUUACGCCUCAAUACAGUAUUGCCGCGAUGUCUUUGGAUAAUGACAAUAAAUGCUCUAUUGGACCUUAACGGCAAUGUUAUAGUAACCCAAGAAAAUGUACUUUUGGAUCCUUUACAAGUACUUCGCUGUGACAUACGAGUGUUUAGAUGUGGUCCAAUUCUGAAAAUAAUAUUGAGAAUCUUAGAAGCUAGCUUGGCGGCUUCAAGGAGUCAACUCAGCCGGCAUCUAUUAGAUAAACCCUUGUUGGAAAAAAGCGGACAGCUGACGUCGGAUGCCGAGAGAGAAGAGUUGAAGAAUGCUCUUGUGGCCGCCCAAGAGAGUGCCGCUUUACAAAUUUUGUUGGAAGCUUGUUUAGAGACAUCAGAGGACAAAUCGAAACCAGAAUUGAUGUGGUCUUUGCGAGAGGUGCGAAGCAUUAUUUGUUCAUUUCUUCAUCAAAUAUUCAUUUCUGAGCCCUCAUUGGCAAAAUUGGUACAUUUUCAAGGAUACCCUCGUGAAUUGCUACCAGUCACCGUCCAGGGAAUCCCAUCUAUGCAUAUUUGUUUGGAUUUUAUACCUGAACUUCUAAGUCAAGCUUCAUUAGAAAAGCAAAUCUUCGCCGUCGACCUUGUGUCUCACUUGUCAAUACAGUAUGCGUUACCUAAAGCAAUGUCAAUUGCUCGACUAUGCGUGAACACUCUUUCAACGCUUUUAUCAGUGUUGCCAUGUGACUUGCGUUUAGAGUUAUUCCAGCCGGUUUUAAAAUCACUUGUUCGAAUUUGUGUUGCUUUCCCAUCUUUGUUAGAUGACAUCACUUCUUUGCUGCUGCAACUUGGAAGAAUAUGCGAAUCGCAAGCCUCUCUCGGCCAUUGUUGGAACGACACUCCAAUAUUAGGAGAAGGAGCGUACGUGAGUGCGGAAAAGGAAAGUGAUUCAAAAGUUUUAGUUGCCGAGGUUUUAUGCAGAGAUAUAAAGUUAACCAUGUCUGAAAUUAUAGAUAAAGCUCUUUUGAACGAUAAAUUGUAUUAAAUAUCAGAGCUCCAUGAAUACAUAAUCAUAAGUUUUCAUCAUUAAAGUAUUAAAUAA